GCCACACCCAGACGACUAUCUGUCUCGACUAGAGUCAGCGUGAUCUCUGUUGAGCAGAGAGGGCUGCGGGAGAGACACUUCUUCAAGCUUUUUAUGGACCAAAAUGGGGGAGUUAUGCAAACUUAUAGUCAUCAUUUUGGUUUUGAUGGCAGUGUUACACUAUACAUCAGGAGGAAAGAAAGGCACUGUAAGCAAGACUGUUCCCAAGAAGCCACCCGAAAAACCAUCACAAGGGACCAAGACCCAACCUAACCAUCCCAGACAACCCUCUAAUCCUGGUGCAGGAAGUAACCCAGGCUACCCUAACCAGCAGUAUCCUGGCAGAGGUGGAUCUAGUCCAGCAGGGUAUCCCAACCAGAAUCCUGGGGCAGGCAGUUAUCCAGCUGGAGGCAGCUAUCCGUAUCCUGGAAGAGGUGGCUCCAGCCCUGGAGGGUAUCCAAACCAAAAUCCUGGAGCAGGUUCUUAUCCAGCAGGAGGCAGCUAUCCUUCAGCUGGUGGAAAUCCCAAUCAGUAUCCUGGAAGAGGCGGCUCUAGCCCCGGAGGGUAUCCCAACCAGAAUCCUGGAGCAGGUUCUUAUCCAGCAGGAGGCAGCUAUCCGUAUCCUGGAAGAGGUGGCUCCAACCCCGGAGGCUAUCCCAACCAGAAUCCUGGAGCAGGUACCAAUCCAGGUGGUGGCUACCCCAAUCAGUAUCCGGGAAGAGGCGGCUCCAGCCCCGGAGGAUAUCCCAAUCAGAAUCCUGGAGCAGGAACCUUUCCAUCUGGUGGCUACCCAAAUCAGUACCCUGGAGGAAGGGGUUACCCUAACCAGCAUCCAGGUAGAAGUGGGUACAGCCCUGGAGGGUAUCCAGGAGCUGGAUCGUACCCAGUGAGAAAUGCAGGGCAGCCUGGAGUUUACCCAGGAGCACACCCUUCCGCUGGAGGAGCAUAUCCCAACUGGAACCCCAACAAUCAGAUUCUCAGUCCACGAUAUGGAGGAUCAUUUGGAGGUGGUGGGUUUGGGACAGGUGGCUCCCCUUUCUCACAAUCAGUGAAAAACAUGGGCUACGGCCCUUCUGCAAAAUCCAAAGGCUUCGGGAAAAAGGCAGUGGUGGCUGCAGGAGUUGGUGCAAUGGCAGGAAUGGCUAUAGGCUAUGGAAUAGGAAAUUUUCAACGCCCCAACUUCCAGUUCAGAAGCCCUCAGGAGGAACGCUACUACAACAACCACAUGUACCAACGUCAGGACACACGUUUUAAAGAUGGAGGUAACAAGAAAAAACCCAGUCACACAGCAGGAACCGACAACACAUCGAAGCUACCAGCUCAAGCUCAGUCAUACGACCAAUUCAUGAACACAUGCAUGAAGCGAGAAAAUCUUUUAAGAGAUCAAGGGUCAAAAGAUUCUGCAGGUAACAGCAAAUUUCAAAGAGAUGAACCAAUGAGUGAUUUUCCAGGUUUGAACGAAGAAUCCUUACAGAAAGGUGGGCCAGAGAAGAAUGACACAACAUCUACUACAACCACCCAUGAUUAUCCAAAGGCUGCUGAGAUUCAUAAGAAUGAGGAUGAGAAUGAGGACACAGUGAGCAUCAUGCAGAUCAGCUAUCCGGCGCUUAUUGAGCAGAUGAAAUCUCGAAAGUGUGUUGAGCUGUACAUUGUUCAAUCUGAGAGUCGGAGAGAAGGGGAAAUUCCCAGAAGUUCCAAUAGCCCUAAUGGACACAGUAUCUCUGAAGUGCUUCUGUUGCUCACUACUUCCACUAUGCUUUUUAGUACCACUUAAUGGAACUAUCAACAAUGAACAUUUAAUAUAUUGAGUAAUGGAAUUGCCUUUCCUUUCCACUCUAUAGGAAUCCAAAUAACAACACAUACUUGCCAUAUGCAUUUUUAUGAAUGAAUUUUGUUAUGAUAAAUCAUCAUCAUAUAUUAUUAUUGUUACUACUACUACUGUAUAAUAAUGUCAACAUCUUAAAACAAGUUUUAUGUGUGCAUUAUUAUGUCAUUUAUAUAUAAUCAUAUAAAUGCCAUUUAUAUUUUCAUGGAUAAUAAUUUUUUCUAAGGAACCAAUUUGUUUGCCUAAUACAUGAAUAAAUAAAACAUUAAGCAAUUCA